AUGAAAAAGAUCCGCAAAUAUUAUAACAAUAAUAAAUUUGUCACUUCAUAUAAAAGACCUGUUUUGAUAACAGGAUGUGACAGUUGUUUCGGUAAUGCAUUGGCUCAGACACUCAAUGAACAUGGAUUCAGAGUAUAUGCCACAGUAUUGGACACCGAUAGUGACGGCGCCAAGAAAUUGGCUCGGUUUGAUGGUAUGACUACAGUGUUGAGGAUGGAUGAGACUAAUGAUGAAGAAGUGAAUGCAAUUUACGAACAAAUUGCAAAAGAGUUGCAACAAAACGGUGAACAACUGUGGGCUGUCGUCAACAAUGCCGGUAUUGUAACGUUUGGACCGGUAGACUGGGGAACAAUUGAUAGCUAUAAACGUGUAUUUGAAGUCAACACAUUAGGCACUGUUAGAGUCGCGCGUACUUUUAUACCAUUGAUUAGACAAUCAAAAGGUCGUAUUGUAAAUCUGGUGUCAAUUUGUGGACGCUUUACGACACCAAAUGCGUCAAUAUAUUCAAUGAGCAAACACGCGGCCAUAUCUUUCUCGGACGCACUCAGACGAGAGACAACCAAAUGGGGAAUCAAAGUAUCGAUUAUUGAGCCAACAAUUUAUAAGACACCGAUGACCACCAGUGACUACCAUUUCCGUGAGACUGAAAGACUGAGACAAGAGAUAGUUAUAUUCGGUCAAAAUAUCGACGAUGUUAUCGACAAAUUGGUGGACGCCGUCCGUAAUGUCGAUCCGCAGAUCACUUACGAAGUCGGACCCAGUUAUCUGUGGUCUGUCUUUCUGUUUGUCGAACAGUUUCUACCGUACGAGUUGUCCGAUUGGAUGAACACUAAUCGGUUAACUAAUUCAUUAUUUCCCGUUCCCAAUGAACUCAAAAAUCGUCACUAA